AAUGCGACAGCUGACAAGAAGCAACUGGAGCAAAGUAGUGAAGGGGAGAAGAAAGAAAGUGUUGGUGCUCCUUCAGAGAACAUAAUCUUAAAGAAGAAGAAAUCCAAGAAAGAAAAAUCAUCAAAGGAACAGGAGGAGCAUGAUCAAAAUCAGGAGAAAGGAGACAUUGAAGCUGAAGUGGCAGAUGCAACUGCAGUUGACGUAAAGGAAAGGAUAAAGAAGGUGGCCUCCAUGAGGAAGAAGAAAUCAAGCAAAGAGAUGGAUGUCGAACAGUUGAAUAAAAGAGCUUCUUACUUGAUAUAUACAGAUGCUAGUUUCCAGGCAGACAAGGAUGGCUCCAAGUUCCAGUCUGGAUUCAUAUUUAUAUUCAAUGGAAGUGCAGUUAGUUGGAAAAGUUCUAAGCAAGACACUGUUGCAGAUUCUACCCGUGAGGCAAAAUACAUUGCAGCUUCAGAAGUAGCAAAGGAACAUUACCUAUUUACUGCGACAACACUGGAGCCAUUGUAUAAGCAAAGGAACUGA